AUGGCGCAGGAAAUCGCGGUGGACGAGGCCUGCGAGGCCAUGGACUGGGCCGAGGCGACGCCCGACCAGCGGCGCAUGGAAGCCUCCCUGCACAAGGAAGCAGGAAUCGUGGACAGCCUCUUCGCCCGGCGCCGCGACACGGAGUCCUUGGCCUCCGAGGGAUCCAAGACCUCGGCCGCCGGCGCAGCUGCAGCUGCAACCGUGGUGCCGGACUUGGCGGAGCAGGAUGGCCUCGCCGACACCCUCUUCGCCCGGCCCAAGAGUGCUCGGAGCGAUCCAAAGCCGAAGGCGUCGCUGGAGCUGGACAGCGACCCGUCCGAGGGGUCCGAGCCGGAGGCGGCUCCGGAAGCUGGAGAGGCCUUCGCGGCACUCGAGGCGGAUAGAACUGCUGCAGAUGGCAAGCCCAAGGUGGACGAAGAGAAGCCGAGCUACGCGGAGAGCAGGAGGUGUUCAUGUUCAGUGCGGACCUGCAGCAGAUGUUUGCCUUUCCUGGUCUUGGCAGCCUUGUUGGCCCUGGUCACGGCAGCCAUUGCGACCGGGUGUGAGGAGAUGCCUCCAUUGGGCAGGUUCUGUAUUGCUGAAGGACCCAUCCAGUGGGUUCUUGCCUUUGCGCCAGCGCUCUUGACGUUGCUGGCAUUGGGUGGUUGGCUGCGACGCAGACGCUCUCGCCAAAAACACACCGUCGAGACCCAAUGGCAACAGGACGGCGACGCGCAUCGGAGUGCUUUGGAGCUGCUCGAUGUGUUGCUGGACUCGCCGCCAGCAGAGGCAUUCAAGUACUCAAAGCAAGUCUUGCAAAUGGGAUCAGACUUCCUGCAAAAGGCCGCGAUUCAACAUAAAGUCUGCCUUGCCGUGGAGGCCAUUUGCCGAGAGCAGAAGAGCCAUGUUGCACGAAUGAAGGCAGAUGGCGCAGUGCCGAUCUUGCUGAAAGCGCUGGAAGAGCACAGGCGAGUUCGACAAGUGCAACAAGCAGCCCUGGAUGCUCUUUCGUGCAUGACCAAAGAGGGCAGGCAGGAGAUCUUCGACCUGGGCGGCAUCCCCAGCGUCAUCACCGCCAUGGCCAAGUUCCGCCGCGACGCCGACGUGCAGGUGGCGGGCGCUCUGGUGCUUGGUGGCCUUUGUGUGAGCUCCACGUCCUGCCGGUUUUCGGUGGCCAAGUAUGGUGGCAUCAACGUUUCUUGGCCGAAAAGCCGCCCAGCGAACAUCGGAGUCGGAGGUGAGUCGCUCGGAGCGACUCUUUGA